UGGCGACCGUUUUGUUUGACGAAACAGUUUGCGUGUUACGCUAGUUUGCGUGUUACGCUAGUUUCCGCGUAUAAUUCUAUACACGACAUAUGUAUACAUAUACCUAAAUACUUGUUUGUGUAGAAAUUGAGAAAUUGGUUUGUACCGAGUUCUAACGAGAUGCGUGAAUAAUUGCCAUGUUUUGGCUAUUGGUUAAACACAAGACUCGCAUAAAGCGAAUUUAAAGGACGAACGACCAUCUGUCGGUGAACGUGUUUGAAAAUCUGUUAAAUGAAGCGGAGAAAAUUUCAGAAGAUUUAAAUAUCAUCGCUUACAGUGUAACAGCAUGGGAGUAGCUGAUUCGUCGAAAUAUUCGCCGAUUCUCUUCGACAACAACUUUGUAUCAGUGGCGGAGUUAACGAGAACCCGUAACGUAUCGGUCGCUCUUGGAAUUGUUCGAUGAUACGUUACAACGCGACGCGACCGAAGAAAGAUUCAUUCGAAGGAAAAUAAGCGAACGAAGAAGCACUUCGCGAUGCAUCAAUUAUUAUAUGUUCGUAAUCGUCCUCUGCAAACCCUUAUAUUAGGAUUGAUCGCGUUAACAUUUUACGCGUAUUACCGUACUACUUAUUACGAUGUAACUCGAUAUUCUAUAUUUCGGAACACUAGCCAACCACCCUUUCGAGAAGCUUACAAACAGCGUGCAAACACGAGUCUAGAAGAGCGUGCGAAUGUUCCAUCGAAGAACGCUUCCGUAGAACUUUCGAUUAUAAUAGGUUCUUACAAUUCGCAAAAUACCAGUAACGUAUCCAAUUCUCUGGUUACGAUGUUGCCACCGUCUUCUAGUUCUCGAGCUCUGUCUUCCGUCAAGGACACGUCCGUGGAAAGCGAACAAGUUUCUACGGCUUUCAACGAGUAUUCUUUGCGCGCUAUUUACGAGGCUGGUCAUACUGUUCCGAUUCCAGAGAGCUGUCCAAAUUUUGGCAAAGAAAUGGAUCUGGUUAUAAUAAUAAUGUCUGCGCCGACCCAUCUCGAGGCUCGAAUGGCUAUACGACAAACGUGGGGUCACUUUGGUCAAAGAAGCGACAUCGGAAUUUUAUUUAUGUUGGGUGCAACCUUGGACCCAAAGGUGGAAAUGAUUCUGAAGAAGGAGCAAAAGACUUAUAAUAAUAUUAUACGGGGAAAAUUUUUAGAUUCUUAUUCGAAUUUGACGCUUAAGACGAUAUCUACCCUAGAAUGGGUAGACAGUUACUGUUCCAAGGUUAAAUUUCUUUUAAAGACCGACGAUGACAUGUUUAUCAAUGUUCCGCGGCUUCAAACUUUUAUAAUGAAACACGCGAAAAACAAAAACGUGAUAUUCGGUAGACUGGCCAAGAAAUGGAAACCGAUCAGGAAUAAAAAGAGCAAGUAUUACGUAUCUCGUACUCAGUUCAAGCAUGCCGUUUUUCCAGAUUUUACUACUGGCCCGGCUUAUCUGUUGUCCAGCGACGUCGUUCGCAAACUCUACGACGCCGCAUUGGAUCAAACGUAUCUGAAACUCGAAGACGUGUUCGUGACCGGUAUCGUCGCGGACAAAUUAGGAAUUAAGAGGACGCACGCUAACGAAUUUUUAAAUAAGAAAAUAUCGUACAGCGCGUGCAACGUUCAACGUGGUAUCAGCAUUCAUAUGGUGAAAUACAGCGAACAAUUUGAUCUUUGGAAGAAGUUGCUCGAUGGAAAGAGCGAAUGUAAAUUAUAGAUAUCGCUCGUGCAAACUAUUCGUUGUUUAACUCGUUUAGUUUGCAAGAUCGGUAUAAAUUUAUACUCGUCGAAUCGAAUAUCCUUUUCCCCUGUAUGCGUAAACUUUUGGUUCGUCAAUUUUUCUCGCGAUCAAGUUAUUUCAAGAGAUUUCCUUUAUUCCGAGUCGCACGCUUUAGAAAUCGCUUUAGAAAUCGCUUUAGAAAUCGCUUUAAAAAAGAAGCGAGCUAAAGCGUCGAUAUUUGUUUCAUGAGAAGAAACGCGAUAGCUUGAAAAAAACGAAUGUGUAUUCGAUGCAGUGUCUAUGAUUAAUCGAAAUGGAAUCGUUUGCACCGUCACGAGUGAUUUUCCAAAAAAUUCAAAUAAAAGCUUGCAAGCUUUUCUUUUAACGUGCUACCUCGAAAACGUUGUCCUCUAUUUAUGACGAACGUGAAUAGCGUAAUAUUUUUAUUCUAGUAUUCGCAAAGUUUGUUUUUUAAAAUCAAACAAUACGAUAUUAUAUUAUACCAUACUAUACGCUAUGCUGUACGCGUACGGGUAUAUUGCGCGGAAACGGAUAUAUCGAGCGGUAACGAACAUAUCGAGCGUACGGCGUUGCGACGUAAACGAACAAUUUUGCUGAACGUGUUUACUUGUUUCGAGAUCACCGGUUCGUAUUGACAAUCGUGCUUGUACGGUAUACUAACGUUAUUUCUCUACAUUCCAUACAGUAGCUAGACUAGUUAUUAUUCGGGAAUAAUUUAUAUUUUAUUUUUUAUACAAUUUUCAUUGCGAGCGUUCGAUAUUUACGCGCGAGCCGUAAAUAACAUCAUGUUCGGGUAUAUUAUGCCGAGUAUCGAUCCUUCGACGAAGGUACUCGUUUCACCAUGACUUUUAUCACGAAAAUAAAAUGAAAUCUGAACGAAAUCGAUUACGAAUACAGUUAGAAAGUAAGAACGAGUCGCGGCGAGAGAAGCGUAUACGUAUAUACAUUUAAUUUUUUAACGAAUCUCGCUGUACACGAACCGAAUCUCGAGUUUUCCCUGUGUAACGCGAAAUUUAAUCUAUACGCGUCACUUUACUAUCAAUUUACAAAGCUGAAAACAAUAUCAUCGGUGUGUUGUAUGAACCUGCCUUAUUUUUCGAUACGUAAGUUUAAUACAUAUGUAUAUACACGACAUAUAGCGUAAACGAAUAAGUUUAGUCGUGCUCAAGCGUUGUUGUACACUUGAAUUUAUCAUUAAGUAAAUCCAUUCAACUUUU